AUGCCUCAAGUUAAGCACUUCUCUGCCUCCGCCGACCCCCACGAUGUCCUCCAAUACCUCAAAGCAGACGGCGUCGUCGUCAUCGAAGGCGCAACAACCCGUCAAGCAAUCGACGCCGUUCUCGAAGAGCUCUCUCCAUCUGUAUCUUCAUCCCCCCAGACCUUCGGUCUCGCAGCCAAAAGCAGCACCUUCGCCACCCACCUCCUCAUGAACCCGCUGUACAUUGAUCUCGUGAAACGUAUUCUGACCAACACCUGUAUCAUCUACUACGAGCGUGAACGAACCGUCUCUACCUCCGAGCCGCAGGUCUCGUGUACUUCAGUCAUCACGGCAAAUCCUGGUGCGGAGGGUUGGGGUCCUCGUCGCCAGGAUGAGUGUCACCAUGUUCCGCACCCUGCGAAGCGGGAGACGGAUUUUGGGAUUCUCUACGCUGCGACUGAUAUCACUCGAGAGAAUGGGGCGGUUAGAGUGGCGAUUGGGUCUAACCAUUGGACUGAUACUCGCUAUCCCCACGAAGACGAAGAGACUCUGAUUGAGCUCAGAAAAGGCGACGCUAUCUUGACCCUCGGCUCCGUCUACUACGGCCAAGCCGCAAACACAACCACCAUCCCCAGCACCCUCCUCGUCGCCUUCGCAACACCCGGAUACCGUCGGCAAGAGGAAAACCAGUACCUCGCUGUUCCGUGGGAAGUGGCUGGGAAGUAUCCCACAGCUGUGCAGCGGUUUUUGGGGUAUGCUGUGAGUCGGCCGUAUGGAGGGUCGGUUGAGCAUAUGGAGCCGUUGGAUUAUUUGAAGGUUAAGGGGGAUUGGAGCAAGUAUAUUCCUGUUGAUCUGAUUUAGAUUGGUUGGUAGAAUUGUGUUAUUUGGAAUGACGUUAUCAUUGGCUUUCAUCUUCCAUCAUAUACAAACACG